CACCACUUCUUGCGACAAAAAUUCACCUUUUACGAUAUAAUAAAUUAAGCACGCCCUUAAUCGAGAAUCUAUCACACUCAUUUCUACCUCUAUUCACGAUAAGUAAGCUUAUAUACUUUUGACUAUAUAUAGGGCUAUAGUCACGGACGAGAUCGAUUUAUAAGCCUCUAGUAUCGCGUUUAGUGGUAGAUUGAAAAUUCGCACGUUAGCCGUGGAUUUUCCGGAAUGCCUUAGUGCCUUAGUGCCUUAGUGCCUUAGUGCCUUGGAUCUAAGACUGCACGCACUCUGCCGGGCCACCCUAGUAUAUAAUAUAUAUAUUUUCUCUCAUAAGGUAAAAAGCGCGGGUGUUACGCGCAUGAUGCGUGCCAAGAAUUGCACUAAAAAGGUUUCGGACGGAUACCGCCUAAGCAGAGCUAUCGUCGUCUCGAUAAUAAUUAUGAUCACAAUUUCAUAGCUCGAUCCGCUUAGAGUCAAAGCACAAUGUUCUUCCGAAGACAGAUGUUAGCAUUACUCCGCAGACGAAAUGACACUGACUGGAAUAGCAAUGAGGACUUCUUUCGUUACACGCGUGGACGGUUCGUAAGCCGAGAAACAGAGCAGAUGGCACAACGACACGUCAAAUUUAACAUGAAUGAGCUCUGCGAGGCUGCUGGGAAAGCCGUUGGAAAGCAGUGCAUCAGUGUUGAGAAAUUCGCUGAUGGGCUUUAUAAUAAAGCAUUCCUACUCACUAUGGACGACAAUGACCAAGUGGUGGCGAAGGUUCCGAAUCCCAAUGCUGGCGUGCCACACCUCACGACCGCGAGCGAAGUGGCCACUAUGGACAUGAUACGCAACAUAGUAGGAACUCCAGCGCCUCGUGUAAUCGCGUGGGACUCUCGUGCAGAGAAUGCCGUAAACGCAGAGUACAUUAUCAUGGAGAAAGCCAAAGGUGUCCAGCUAGGGUCCGUGUGGCCCACGAUGGACAUUGACCAGAAGGGUCAAGUAAUCAGAGCGAUUGCGAGACAUUUACGGUCAUGGUCCAAAAUUUCAUUCAGCCAUAUUGGCAGUCUGUACUAUCGGAAAGACCUGCCAGCCGUCGAUGAAACUACUUCAAUAUAUAUUGACGGCUUAGAGAAGCCUAUCCAGAACACGAAAUUUGCAAUUGGACCGAUUACGGGAAGAGAAUGGAGCGACUCCGGUAAGCCCAGUGUCAGAUGUGAUAGAGGACCAUGGACAUCAGCAGAUAGAUAUAGGAGAGCAAUCAUUGAGCGUGAUCAAAAAGCGAUUCAAGAACUCCCGGCUCUUCCAAGGCCGCUCUCAAUGCUCUGCGGCCCAACACUUUAUCAACCCACGCGAGAAAAGAAGCUCUUUGCUUGUGAAACUGUUCUCAAGUCAUUGCAUCAUAUCUUACCCCAAAAGAGGUGGGCAAGGUCGUUCCAUAUGUGGCACAACGACUUGCACGGGGAGAACAUCUUCGUGGACGCAGACGAUCCUACAGUGAUCCUCACGAUCAUCGACUGGCAAUCGACAUUCAUCGCUCCACUAUUCGAUCAUGUCAUGACCCCGGUAUUCUUAAACUAUGAUGGGCCGGCCGUGCAAGGCAUGGAACGCCCUACGCCUCCUAAAUUUCCAGAAGAUAUAGAUGAAGACGCUAAAGCCAUAAUUGGGAGAUUGUAUGAAAAUCAAGUGCUCGCUUCAGCCUAUAAGCAUCUGCUAAAACGUAACAUCGAGCCAAUUUUCGAUGCUAUUAUGUACGAGGAGUCCACAGCUUCUGCUGUACUGACUGCAUCUCGAAAUCUGUUCGAGACAGGAGAGGCACUCUGUCUAGGCUCCAUCGCAGCACUCGAGGAUUCUCCCGUUCAAUUCUCUGGACCCAUACUAGCAGACAUAGAAAAGGACGCCGAACGAACGCUGGAUAGUAUGAACGCUAUGAUGGUAAUUAAAGAAGCCCUUGGCUCUUUGUUCCCGGAGAAAGGAAUCGUUCGACCAGAGCGAUACUAAGAUACAAAGGCAGCGCUCCGCCGUGUAAAAGAGCAGGUCUUUACUGAUUUCUUAAGCACACCUGAAGAUCGUCGGAUCUGGGAAGACGUGUGGCCAUUUGACGAUUAAAAUUCUAUACAUAGAAUAGUCUGUAUAGAACAGAAGCUAUCCGUGUAUUAUAGUGUUAGAUAGUGUACCAUGAUAGUUAUAAUAGACCUAUAAUAGUCUAG